CUCUUCUUCAUCCACAGAUAAGCAUCCCACUACCUCCUUCUAACCCUCUCCCCCAACCUCCAAACACCGCAGCAAUGCACUUCCUCACCCUUACCACCCUCCUCGCCACUGCGACUGCCGUCCCAACGCUCUACCAGCGCAGCCCUAUCGGCAACGUUGAACCUAUCCUGAUUACGGACUACAGCCUGCGCAAGACAAACGGUACAAUCCAAAACGUCAACUUCCAUAUCCACGGCUUCCAAGCCCGCAAUGUGUCCUGUGCUGCUGGCCCCAUCCUCUCGCUUCCCAGCGAGACUGUCACCUGCGGAGCCAGCAACUACAGGUUUGUGCUGUCAUCAAUGAACGGCACGGAUCCCAACCAGUAUGACCUGAGCGUUUACCACCAGACCGGUGUUUCGUCUGGCAAGUACGCCACUGGCACUGUUCCUACCUACUGUGUUGCUGGCGGUCUCGGACCCCAGGAUUUGCAAUGCAACCAGAUUCGUCAGCUUGGCCCUUACAAGCUUACUCUUCGCUCCUAGAUGGAUGCGGGUAAAUUGACGGGGAGGAUGAAGUAAGAUGGAUAUGAAUAUUGGCAGGCCCUGAAACGUUUCUUGUAUAUAAUGAGGGCGCGGGAAGAGAUGGGAGACUGGGGAGAUGGUGAAAGGGGGAAGUGAUAAUCAACCUUCUUGUAUAUAGAAUGAGGAUAGUUUAUUGAGUGGUUUGUUCGCUUGGAA